GUUACGGACGCGCGUUUGGGACGGGUAACGUUGCGUGCGUGGGAUUCAGCUGGAUUUUUUUUUCUGACUUGAAUCUAUACGUUGGUCAGAUGAUGGAUUAGGGCGUACUAAGAAAACGGUGAUGUGAUUGAAGGAGACGUCGGGUUACGCACUCACUCGGAAGAUUUGUUUUGUGCAAAGUGGCCGAAGUGUGCUGAGGAUAUUCCAAUUCCCGGAAGUGCGGGAGCUCACCGCUGCUGACUGGAGAAGACGGCCUGGACGGGGGUUCACUCGAGGACGGAUGGCUUGGGGUUGGGGCGCCCGGAGGGGACGCUGGGGGAAAAGUUUUGCGUUAUCCUUAAACACGAACUCGCCGACCGUACCGGAAUCAAUCGGCAGCUGAACGUCGUGAAGGUCGUACACGCGCGGCAUCGUCCUCCGUGCGUACGCUCGCUCGUUUGUUCGGAAAGUCCUUGUCCAGGAAGUUCGAUGAGUAGUAGUUGAAGCAGUAGUUGGGGCGGUGUUUGGUAGCAUUUGAACUUUGCCACCGGAAUCUCAUUGUCUCGAAGAGGGGGGACAACCUGCCGGGAUCGGUGGCCCGUACGUGAGUGCGUGCUUCGUCUGUGGCGCCCAGUUGUUGCUGUUGUUGAUGUCCGUCUCGUGAUUGUGGGCAGUUGGGUGUUAGCCAAGUGUGUUUCUCUCUCAUUUGGGGUGUUUAAUUAUGUAUCUUGUGGUCUGCCUUCGAAGGCGAUGGGAUUUCAUUGGUCGGACCAAGAGAAGGUCGGGCCAUUAAGCUAGAAGAAUACGAAGAAAAAGUGCCAAAGUGCUGCUAAUUUCGUGCGUUGAUUCCAGACGAAGACCUCGAGUUGGGUGCGAUUCCAAUCUCAUCGAAGGAAGAAAAUGUUUAAUUGAUUAGUGUAGCUCCUGUAAAGGGAACCAUUGUAAUCAGCACAAUCAGCCAAUCUCAAGUGCCAGUGAGAAAGAAGGGAUCGUCGAUUCUAACGAACGAGAAAACUAGAAGAAAAAGUUUUUAAUUAGCAAUUAAAAAGACGUGACGCCGUACCGGCAAGGAAGGUGCAGACCGGCGACAUACACAGACAAACGGAGGAAAAUUCGAAACUUUGCAGAUCCCCCGAUCGAGAAACGACGCCGUCGGUCGUGUUCAACCGGCGAGAGAUAAAUCACACGUUCAUUAAUAUCGGAAAUCUGGGUGACACAUUGGCGCGGAAAAUUAACGCUUGGUGCAGACGAUCGAACCGGGAGCUGCUGAUUUCAUCGUUGAAGAUCUCAGCUCUCAGAAUCCCUAAUGAGCUAACAUAACCCUUCAGGAAAAAACGCUCAGCAAAAUAUACGCCAGACUUGUCGUAGCCAACCGCCUCUAAUUGGCUAAAUUUGGACCAGAUUUGAGUUAAUGAAUACGAACCUGCAGAUAAGUAGGUACACCACAAACCGAACAAAAAAGUCCGCGUCGGAAAUUGAACCAAAGCAAAGGUUAAUUACAUCGUUUCCCCGGCCAGAACUCGACGAACUGGGCCGCGUAUAAAGCAAAAACACGUAAUAAUCAGAAGAAAAAUCACAUCGUCCGCGUUGCGGCUACUGUUAUCGCGGCCCCAGCGCCGAAACUCAAAGGAAAAUGGGGAAAAUGAUCAAACACGUGCUUUCCCAGCGGGCAAAAAUGAAAUAAACGCGUAAAUAAAACCGAAAACGUCUCAAUAAAAAAUCGAUCGAAAUAGCCCCAUAUCGGUCGGUGGUGGUUGUGGUGGAUGCGUACCGGCAGAAACAGCACUCAAAUAUCUCGAGAAGCCGAAAAAACCGGAGUGAACGACGGGCGGUGGUUAGUGUUAUUAUUAAAUAUUAAUGCACCUCUCCUCCAGGAGAGGGGCGUAAAUUAAACGCGUAGGUGGGCGCCGGAAAAGGACCGAACGCCGGGAGACUAGCAGCGCCGGGUGGACGGGCGCGCGAUAAUCGAAAAUUCAUUCGGGAGGGAAGUAGACAGAUCGACAAACGAAUAGCGCCGCCGCUACCGUUGGCAAAAUAAAUGUUAUCUUAAGAAGGUAAAAGGCGGUUUUUGUGAGAAGAUAGCACGUGUCGCACGGGACGACCUCGGUUGGUGAUUUUUUAUUAUCUUGGUGAUUCGGAGUUAGAAACAGGUGUUCGGUUAUUUCGCCUCCGAUGGGAGUUUAUUUCCGUUCAGGUGCAGAAGGUCGAAAAUCGAAAGUGGUACAACAUUGAUACGGAUUCUGUGGGAUGUGGGUCGUGUGCGGCCCAAAUUGCUCGUAAACUAGGAAAGGCAGGAUAGUAAAUACAAGUGUUCUACUGGGUACCCCUUCGACAGAAGAUAUGUGGCUAGGGGGGUAGAAUGGUGUUCAUUUCCAAAGCACAGCAUAGCAGUUGAGCAACGGAAAAGGAACUUGUGCGGUAGCAACAAAGAUUGCAUGUUCAACACCAGCGAUCGGCAGCAAGAGACGACACGCUUAAAAGAUCAAUCGCGUUGACAAACUGACCGCGCGGACGUGUCUUCUUCGAAGUGCACACACCGGAGAUGCGCGAUAUGGACCGCAAUGAAAAUUUCAUUACCAUCACCGGCCGUCACAUACCCACACUGCUGGGGUAGGGUUUAUUCAUCGCAAUCAACAGCAUUAUAAAAUAGAAGUGGAUGAAAAAAAAAAACUAAAAGCUACACGUGAACGCGGGCGUUCCGAAAUCAAUUAGUGCAAAAUAACGGCGAAUUUUAUAGUUGGUGAAGCGGCGGCGGCGGCGGCGGCGGUGGAGAGAUAUAAAAACGCGCCGAUGAAAAACAAACUGUGAUGGGUGAAAAACAACAACCGAUGCAGCAGCGGAUCAUCUCCACACCGACGGCCAGGAGGAGGAAAUCGAGCUCGAGCACAGUGAACGUGGUUUGGUUUUAUGGGCACCAGCAACAUCAACAUGGAAAACGGUUGACACAAUGUGAACGCUUCACCGCCCUUCGGAACUGCGGUAUCAACCGCGUUGUAAAGUGUUGAACAAAAUGAGGAACGGGGUGAGAAAAAACAGGUCCUCAAAGUAAGCAAGGCGGCGACCAAAAAAAAACAGCGACGCCGCGGAAGAAGAGAGUGCUGCACGAAGGAAGGCAUUAUGGCCACGGCAAGGGGCCGUGUCGCCGGAGAAGAGACUUCUUUUUCAUGGCCUUCGUGGCCUUGGACGACGACACCAGUCCGGACGACAGUGACAGAAAAAGUGCACCGAAUCGCGACCAGUACCUCUGCUUCUGCUGCUGCAAGCCACUCGACGACGACAUCGAGUUUCGCGGUGACAACUGCGAGUGCUAGUGUGAGCUCGUGGAGUCCUUCCUCGGGCGAAGAUGGUGGGGAAGAGCACCGGUGGGGGGUUAGUGAAAGUGGUGGGGAUGUGCUGGAAUAUGGUGGUUUUGGGGGUGGUGGGGGUAGCUUUCUGGAUGAAUUCGUUAACGAUCUGAAUGGCAGCCUCAGCAGUAGCAAUAGCAGCAAUAGUAGUAGUGGUGACUUGCUCGCUGGUGCUUUGUCCAAUUUCAGCGGGUCUCCACUUGGGUCCACGGCCCGAGGGCUGUUCACUAGCGGCGGUGGCAACUACUCGACCGAAUUUAGCAUCAAUUUUAACGUUUCCGAUGGCGAAAGUGGGACCAGCUCGCGGCUCUCGUUUGCCCACUUACCACCGGAUCUGCUGGAGGAGCACGAGCUGAUGGCCCUCUGGAACUGUACGAAUUGCUUUUUGCUCAAUUAUAGUGGAAGUAGCAGCAGUAGUAGUAGCAGUGUGGGGCUGAUCAACGGCACCGUCAGUACCAGAUUUGGAAAUGGGACGGACCGGGACCAGCUGCUCGAUGGUGAUAGCGGGUUCGGACUGGGAGGACUGGAUGACCCCGAGAGUACUAUCUUUCUGAUACGGAUGAUAGCGACGGCGGUGGUGCUCGGGAUCGUGAUACUGGCGACGGUAAUAGGCAACGUAUUCGUAAUAGCGGCCAUCUUGCUGGAACGGAACCUCCAGAGUGUGGCCAACCAUCUGAUAUUGUCACUGGCGGUGGCCGAUCUUCUGGUGGCCUGUCUGGUGAUGCCACUGGGAGCGGUGUACGAGGUGUCGAAAGAAUGGCGACUAGGAGCGGAUCUCUGCGACAUGUGGACUUCUAGUGAUGUUCUAUGCUGCACAGCUUCCAUUCUGCAUCUGGUGGCGAUUGCUUUGGACAGGUACUGGGCCGUCACGGACAUCGACUACGCCCACCAGCGGACGGCCCGACGGAUAGGCUACAUGAUUAUCGUCAUCUGGACCCUGUCGGUGCUGGUUUCGAUCGCACCCCUGCUCGGCUGGAAGGAUCCCGAGUGGGAAGCCCGCGUCUACAAGGACCUCCAGUGCAUCGUGUCGCAGGACGUGGGCUACCAGAUAUUUGCCACAGCGUCCAGCUUUUACGUCCCCCUUCUGGUAAUAUUGUUCCUCUACUGGCGAAUAUUUCUCGCGGCCAGGAAACGGAUACGGCGAAGGCAGCAGGGUAAAACAAUUGUGCAAUUGAUACCAAAACCUUUAGUAACUGCCGCGCAGCCGAACAACGCCAUCGGAGGUCCGACGGCGAACGUGGUCGGCGGUUCCGGAGGGAUCGCCGCGGCCGUAGUGGCCGUCAUCGGCCGUCCCCUGCCCACCAUCAGCGAAACGACGACGGCCUUCACGAACGUCUCCUCGGCGAACACCAGCCCGGAGAAGGGCAGCCUCGGCAACGGUGUCGAGCGGGACCGCAUCGAGGCGGACCCCCCGACGGCGGACUUCUCGACGGCGUACCCGUCGGGACCGUGCCCCAGUUCGUCCUCCAAGCCGUCGAUCAUGAAGAAAAAGUCCCAAUCGGCGACGGACUCCAAGCGGGAACGCAAGGCGGCCAAAACGCUGGCCAUCAUUACGGGGGCGUUCGUGUGCUGCUGGUUGCCGUUCUUCAUCAUUGCCAUCCUACUGCCAACGUGCACCGACUGCGACAUCAGCCCGCUGACGAUGAGCGUGUGCCUCUGGUUGGGUUACUUCAACUCGACGCUCAAUCCGAUCAUCUACACGAUCUUCAGCCCGGAGUUUCGGCACGCGUUCAAGCGGAUACUGUGCGGCCGGCGGCACAGUUUGAGGCGGACCAGGCACAUGGGCGUGCGGCAUAUGCGGUAAGGGGGUAAGUGCAAAGGCUGAUUUAUGAUGUAAAUUUCUGAUGUAGGGUAAUACUUGUGUACAUAUUUAGGCCUUGAGAGAAAGGAAUUUAGGUAAUCCCGAAUAGGCUAUACCAGGCGGUAGAUACCGAAUGUAGUACUUCGUGGAAGAAAACGUCGUGGAGAGGUGUUUUAAAGAUCUUAGAUUCGAAUUAUGAAAACAACAUGAAAACAAUGAGGAAUCUUGCUGAAGAAAUUACGAAACGGAUUUCAUGAAAGAUACCUUUAAUUUUUCCACCAAAAAAUUAAAACAAUUUUAGACGAAUUCUUGGAAGAUUUUUAAUAAGCAUUCGUACCCUACUGGUCAUGUGUUUCAAUGGAGAAUUUCAGAAAAUAUUCCUGAAUGGAUUCAAAUAGGACUCCCUGGGAAGAUUCCAGUAGGAAUUUCUGGUGGUAACAACCAUCGGUUAAGAGUGAUUACUGUAGCUUUUGGAGGUAUUCACGGAGGAACUUAUAGAGACUUGCUCGGAAAGAUUUCAAAGAAAGUUUCUGAAGGGCUUCCAAUGGAAGUUGACAAGAAUUACUUUAGAAAUUUCUGGAGGGUGUUUUUAAGCGAUUCUUGAAGAAUUACUGGAAUGUUUCUUAGGAGAGUGCAAAGAAGAAUUUCUGGAAAACUUACUGAAGGGAUUCUUUGGAAGAUUCUAGAAAUUCAAAGUAUUAUUUUGAAAAGUAUUCAAGGGAAUUCCGGCCAGAAUUUCAAAACAGAUUUUUUGAGGAAAUUAUUAAUGGAUUCCAAAAAGGGUUUCCGAAGGUGUUUUAGGGAUCUCAAGAUGGAUGAUAUGUUUAAUUACAAUGCAAUGAGGAAUCUUGCUGAAGCAAUAACUAAAAUGAUUCCACCAAAAAACUAAACCGAUUCUCAACGAAUUCUCGGAAAAAAACCUUAUAAAUUUUCGUAGCCUACUAGUCAUGUGUGUUCAAUGGAGAAUUUCAGAAAAUAUUCCUGAAGGGAUUCGAAUAGGACUCUUUGGGAAGAUUCCUGUAGGAAUUUCUGGUGGUAACAACCAUCGGUUGAGAGUGAUUACUGUAGCUUUUGGAGGUAUUCACGGAGGAACUUAUAGAGACUUGCUCGGAAAGAAAGAAAGUUUCUGAAGGGCCUCCAAUGAAAGUUGACAAGAAUUGCUUUAGAAAAUUCUGCAGGGCGUUUUUGAACCAUUCUUGAAGAAUUUCCGGAAUGUUUCUUGGAAGGGUUCAAAGAAGAAUUACUGAUGGGAAUCUUUGGCAGAUUCCAGAAAUUAAAAGUAGUAUUUUGAAAAGCAUUCAAGGGAAUUUCGGACAGAAUUUCAAAACAGAUUUUUUGAGGAAACUAUUGAUGGGUUUCUGAAGGUGUUUUAGGGAUCUCAAGAUUUAAAUUGUAAAAAUGAUAUGUUUAAUUACAAUGCAAUGAGGAAUGAUUCCACCAAUAAACUAAAACAAUUCUCAACGAAUUCUCGGAAAAAUUCCUCAUAAACUUUCGUAACCUUCGAGUCAUGUGUGUUCAAUGAAAAAUUUCAGAAAAUUUUCCUGAAGGAAGGGAUUCAAAUAGGGCUCCCUGGGAAGAUUCUAGUACGAAUUUCUGGUGGGCCUUAACAACCUUCAGUUCAGAGUGAUUACUAUAGCUUUUGGAGGUAUUCACGGAGGAAUUUUUAGAGACUUUCUCGGGAAGAUUUCGAAGAAUGUUUCUGAAGGGCUUUCUGGGCAGAACAAGUAUAAUAGGGGUUACUUUAGACAUUUCUCCAGGAAUUUUUUGGUGCCAUUCUGAGAGAAUUUCUGGAAUGGCCCCAAAAAGGGAGGGUUCAUAGAAGAAUUUCUGGAUGGAUUAUUGAUGGGAUUCCUUGGAAGGUUCCAGAAAUUCAAGGUACCCAAGGGAAUAUCCGACAGAAAUUUGAAACAGAUUUUUUUUCAAGCAAUUAUUGAUGGGGUUUCUGAAGGUAAUUUAGGGAUCUCAGAUCGAGUAAAAAUUAUAUGUUUAAUAACAAUGCAAUGAGGAAUCUUACUGAAGGAAUAACUAAGGUG